AAUAAACCACUGAUGGUUGGUUUGUUGGCAUCACUUUUGGAUCCAUGCCUAAAAACAUUUUUUAGUUGGGAUGAAGAAACCCAAGAAAGGGUCAAAGCUGAGUUAACUUAUCAAUUCAAAAAUAUAGCUACUUCAAAUUAUGAACAAACAACAGCAUCAAUAUAUACUACUUCCUCAAAUAGUAACAAUCUUCAUCACAAUCGUUUAUACACCUCAAUUUUUAGUACAUCUGCUUCAAGCUACACUGCUCCAAUCCUUUAG